GGUGGAUCUCCGGUGGAAAAGCGCUCGAAGGGAUCGCCAGGUUCUGCAGGAAGUAAUAAACGGUCAAGGAACAGUACGGAUUCACCAGGCUCUGCAGAAAGAGAUAAACCGUCAAAGAAUAGUCCAGGAUCGCCCGGUCAAAAAUACGGUGUCGAUGGAGAUAUUAUUGAAAAAAGGAAUACUGAAUCCUUGAAACCAUCGUAUUUUGAAAACCUUCAAAAUGCACGUCCUGCUCGAGCACAUGUUCGCAAUCGGAAACUGAAAUGGAAAGAAAGUAAUUCAGAAGAAGGGAGUAAAACUGAGGAAGAAUCAUCGGCCUCAUCGUCGUCGCUGUCAUUAUACGUCGGACUAACAGUCAUUGCACUGAUAACUCUUUACUACCUGUAUAAAAAACUUAAACGUUAA